UGUCUAAUUUAAGGAUAGAAAAUAGUAUUUUGAUUUAAUAUUUUUUUUAAUGAGAAAUUAGCAAUUUGAAAUGAGACGUGUAGCAAGCUGCAAAUGUAUCGAAAACAACUCUUCACGUUGCUGCGUGGGCAAGCAAAUAAAAACCACGUCUGGGCUGGCUGUCUCUGGUGCGGAGGAGCCAGGAGGAGGAGAGCGUCGAGGGCUUCAGGUUGAAUCAACAACAACAUUGCCAAUUCUCGCGCGAUUGAAUUUUGGUCACUAUUAGUUUGACCGCAAAAUAAUUACUACAAUUAACACAAAAAUCACCGAACUCCCAUGAAUUCAGUUCUCUGAGACUCAUGGCAACGACGUCGUUCUUGACGCCGACGCAGAGGUACGCCGCCGGAGCUCUGUUUGCGUUCGCUCUUCACCAGGCUCAGAUCCACCAGACCCAUCCCCUGCGAUUGUCCUCUGGAGAAGAAGAAUCAACCGAGGAGCGGACCAGUAGUGUCAGCAGCGCCGACUCCGUCUCCGACGGCCCGGAGCUUUGGGUCCAUGAAAACUCGGGUCUCCUCCCACCCGUUUUCAGGUUUCUGGAGAUUGAUUCUGCAGCCUGGUCCGGACUUCAGGAAAGCGCUGCUACUUCUCCUGCUAGCCAUCAUGUUGGAGCAUUCUUGAGGUUGCUUGCUGAAGAAGGUGAUGAUGGUGAUAAAGAUGGUUCACAAAGUGCAGAUCAAGAACUUGCUUUGUCCAGAACUGUUGAUGCUAUGGCACUUAGCAUGGAAAAGACUUCAGAGUCUUCCCAAUCUAAGAAGGAAAAGCAUCGUGAAUAUGAAAAUGAAUGCCGUGAGAAAUUCUCCACAGCUGAGGUGAAAAAAAACAUUGAAGCAGCGGAUGAGCAUUUGGAAAGUCCGCAGGAGGAAAGGUCCAAGGUGAAACAAAAAAUUGAAGAAGAGGAUGUGCAGUUGGAAAAUCUGAUGCAGAAAUGCUCCACAGCUGAUGUGACACAAAACAGUGAAGGAGUGGGUGCACUUUUGGAAAAUCAGCAAGACACUGGUGGUAAUCUGGUUAGUGCCAAAGACGCACUUGCGGCUAGCAGUGAGAUUCGUGAGAAAACUAUUGGAGAGUUGACGAUGCUCAGUUAUCAGAGGAAAGUUAUGGUUCUCUACGAGCUUCUUUCAGCUUGUCUGGCUGAUAAACGGGAAGACAACAAGAAAUGUACCCGUCGAAGAAAGGGUUAUGAUGCUCGGCAUCGUGUAGCUCUGCGAUUGCUUGCAACUUGGCUUGAUGUCAAGUGGAUGAAAAUGGAAGCCAUUGAGACAAUGGUUGCUUGCUCUGCAAUGGCAUUAGUGAAAAAGGAAGAAGAAAAAGAAGAAACCCAGUCACCAAAAAACAAAUGGGCUAAAUGGAAGCGUGGUGGUAUCAUUGGCGCAGCUGCAAUAACCGGAGGAACGUUGCUGACAAUAACUGGUGGAUUAGCAGCCCCAGCAAUUGCUGCAGGACUUGGUGCUCUAGCUCCAACAUUGGGCACUCUCAUCCCAAUAAUCGGAGCAAGUGGGUUUGCUGCAGCUGCAAGUGCUGCCGGAACUGUUGCUGGUUCUGUUGUUGUUGCUGCAUCAUUUGGAGCUGCUGGAGCUGGACUCACAGGGAGCAAAAUGGCUAGAAGAACUGGAAGUGUCGAUGAAUUUGAGUUCAGCGCUAUAGGAGAAAAUCAUAACCAGGGCAGGCUAGCAGUUGAGAUCUUGGUUUCAGGAUUUGUUUUUGAUAAGGAAGAUUUUGUAAGGCCUUGGGAGGGACAGGAUGACAAUUUGGAAAGGUAUGCACUGGUCUGGGAGUCGAAGAAUCUAAUUGCAGUCAGCACUGCAAUUCAGGAUUGGCUUACUUCAAGAAUUGCAAUGGGGUUGAUGAAGCAAGGUGCAAUGAUGACUGUGUUAGGCACUCUUGUUACUGCACUGGCUUGGCCUGCAACAUUACUUGCAGCUGCUGAUUUUAUAGAUAGCAAAUGGGCAAUUGCUGUGGACAGGUCAGACAAAGCAGGAAGGCUGCUUGCUGAGGUGUUAUUAAAAGGAAUUCAUGGGAACAGGCCUGUAACACUGGUGGGUUUCUCACUUGGAGCACGAGUAAUUUUCAAGUGUCUGCAGUGUUUGGCAGAAACUGAAAAGAAUGCUGAACUUGUAGAAAGAGUUGUUCUUCUUGGAGCACCCAUCUCGAUCGCAGAUGAGAAAUGGGAAGCUGCUAGAAAGAUGGUGGCUGGAAGAUUUGUCAAUGCCUAUUCCACAAAUGAUUGGAUGCUUGGGAUUGCCUUCCGUGCCAGUCUACUUUCUCGAGGAUUAGCCGGGAUUCAACCAAUAAAAGUUGAAGGGAUUGAGAAUGUUGAUGUAACAGAUGUGAUUGAUGCCCACUCUUCCUAUCUUUGGGGCGCACAGCAGAUCUUGGAUCUGCUUGAACUGGAGGCGUAUUAUCCUGUUUUCCGGAGCACUAUUUGCAUACAAUGAAACUGAAACUUUACUACCACCACUCUUCCUGUUCCUGGUUUGCGUGGGGGAAGAAGAAGAACACCAGGUGGAUCCAGCUUCUUGUUUCCGUACUUGGUCACUCCAUCCAUGUCUCUCUUCCACAUCUUACUGUAAGAGAACAAAAAUGCGUCUCAAAUGCCUGAAUAAAAUGUGUACAUAUUAUGAGAUAUCUUGCUCUUUUGGUAAUGUCCUUGUGUUGUGCCCUUUGCCUGUAUACUAUUUGAGAAGGCUGGAUAUCUUCAUUUAACCUCAUUUAAAACAAAAAGUUUCUGGGCA